UAACCACGCAGAUUGAUCACGUUAGAUCACCGCGUGCACAGAGCAGUUCCUUGUCUCAGAUAUUUUGCAGCACCGAAAGACUUAAAUUAAUAGGAUACAUUGCAGGUAAAUACAUUGAUGUUUUUUCACUGUAGCGGUUUUCAAAUCGUUUGAAUGAUUCGUUUCGCAAAAGGCGGAGAUAUUUUAUUCUUUACGUUUUUGAAGAGGUAUCAAUCAAUUACCAUACUAUCAUUGAUAAAUUCGGCAAUCAGCCACCGUUAGCUGCCGCUGAAUUAUAUGCUAGAGUGAGGGACGAUACUCCGUCCCUUGUGAUAUGAAUCAUUGCUGGUCGGCGUACAGUGGCUCAAUUCUCUUAACGACAGUAUCGGUAUCGUUAUAACUAUCGUUAUAGAUAUUUCAUAUGGCAAAAAGCUGCGCAGUGACAUCGAGAAGUACAGAUUGAACUCCUGUGCUGCAAUUCUGUAACUCUUAAUGAUACCGAUAUUAUCACUAAGAGUUACAGAAUUGCAGCACUGACUUCCUAAAGAUUCAAGAACGUAUGAAUGUCCUUAGACGUCUCAUAGACGUUCUUUGAUCGUGUGCUAUCUUGAUUAUUGUACUUAAUAUCAUUUUUAUAUGGACAUUUUAUAUUUUAGGAAGAGAAAGGAUUUUAUAGAAGUGUACAUGAUUGUUAUUGACUAGUUGCAAUCGCAUCCUCAAAGAAAUUUACUAUUUUUAGUAAACUGCACAAUAACAGAACGAAGCGAAUAUCAAUAAUUACACAAAUAUAUUAAAUAUCUAAUAUGGUGAAAGUUGAAUGGUCUUGCAUUGUACCAGGCUGUAAAUCUAAUUCAAGAGUCCCUGGUCAUUUUUUCCCCAAAAAUGUCACAUUAUCAUGUAAAUGGAAAGAAGCUAUAAAUAAUGAUAUUAUUUCAAAUGUAUCAGCAGAGGAAUUAAGAAAAUAUCGAAUAUGUCACUUACAUUUCUUGCCUGAAAAUUACAUCUAUUCUCAAAAUCGUCGAAGAUUGAAAUAUGACGCAGUACCUAGUGUAAAUAUAAGUAAUCUCGAAAGAGUAACAGCUGAAAUACAUGAUGCAAAUAUUACUGAUUGUGAACUACAGUCACAAUUGGAGACAAAUGGAUCUGACAAUGAGAUAAGUAGUGAUAGAAAUGAAAUUGCUACAAAUAACUCAACAAGUGCUGAAACAAAUGUGUUACCAAAUAUUGAAAAUGAAUCGAUAAAUGAAACAGUUAAUUGUCCCAGUACACCAAAAACAUCAAGAACUAUACUUGCUUCUAUUACAAGGCAAUUCCAAUUAACACCAAAAGCACAAAAAUAUAUAAGAAAGCUGUAAUGCUAGCAAAAGAAAGAAACCGGAUGAAAGGAAAAAUAAUAA